CGGACAACAGGAACUACUUCCGGGUGAGACACAGUGACCUUGGCUGUUUGGAAUCGCCAUGGCGGCCCUAGUAAGGAUCAGCUCCGUUUGCAACAGAGGAGUUAGCCCUCUGUUAUUCCGCAGCGCUUCUCUCAUCAGACCUUUGGCAGCAUGUAAAAAGGACCAGGACCACCAGUACUUGCUCAGAGCCAAAAUACAUGCAACACCAUCCUGUAAUGCUGUCUCUGGGACUAAAGCGGCCUCCCUGCACUGGACGGGAGAGCGAAUGCUGAGUGUUCUCCUCCUAAGCAUGGGUCCUAUCGCCUAUUUCUACCCUGGCCCUGUCAUGGACUACUCCCUGGCUGCAGCGAUCACUCUGCAUGGCCACUGGGGGUUGGGCCAGGUUGUGACUGACUACGUUCACGGAGAGUCGAAAAUCAAGUUGGCCCGAGCAGCUCUCUUCAUUCUGUCCACUGUCACCUUUGCAGGGCUUUCCUACUUUAAUUACCAUGAUGUAGGGAUCUGUAAAGCUGUGGCUCUCCUCUGGAGUAAGUAGGUGGACUGUUGGGAAAGUGGUCCGGGUCCUGAAGGUUUUUUUCCUCCCCGGUUGGUGCAGAAUCCAUUGUAAAUUGUAUGAAUAUAAUUUUGACCAGAUUGAUUCAUUAGUGUUUAAAAUUGCUGUUCACCAAAUUGAAUAUUUUUUCAGCUUAAAUUAUGACAGCAUAUAAAUACAGGGGUAUGGGCUGACCCUUUUUUUUUUUUUUUUUUUGGAAAGUGCAUUAAAGCUUAUAUCCACACUGAAUGGUUUUCAUAGGAAUAGUCUUUGUAUAGAUACCAAGGGGAAAUAUCCUAACAAUUGCUGUGCAUGUCAAACAUCAAAUAAUAUUUUUUUUUCAUGUGUUGAAUUAUUUUUAUACACUGAAAACACGCAUGAGAACCUUUUCCUCGUUCUGCCUUACUUCCCGUUUAAAUCGAACUCUGAUGUCAUCUUUUUGGAAGGAAGAACUUUGAGUCAGUAACAGGCACGGCUGUUAAAUCUAUUAACUUGACAGCCUUAAUUCAGUCUAAUUAAGCAUUUUCAUGCAUACAUUUAACAUGGCCUUAUUUCUUUCAUUGAUCAUACUUUGAAUUUUACUCUUGUAAAAUUUAUCAUACUCUUGUAAUUUAUCUGCAACCAUGGUGAGAAUACUGUAAAACGAGUCAUCUGCUUACGUGUAAACAUGUGGGUCUUACAUAUUAAGACAUGGACUCAAAUCUGCCAGUCUGUCACUUAAUGUUAUUAAACAGCUUUAUCAUAUAUAAAUGCUUUGCAUAAGGCAAUUUAUCUUUGACCUCACUGAAAUAAAGGACUGAAUGGAUUUAAAUCUUAAAUCAA